AUAUCUCCUCCUCCUCCUCUUUCUUCCCUACUCUUCACAUUCUUCUCAUCUCCCUCCCUCCCUCCCUCUCUCUCUCUCCGCUUCCAUUGAUCUCUUCCUCACUACUCACUCUCAAUUCCAUUCCUUCUAUAUUCUUUGCACACACAGCAUAUACAUCGCCAUUCUCUCUCUCUCUCCCCUUGGUUAUUCCGUCCAUGGAAGGAGGCGUUCCAGACGUUGAUGCCUCUGCUUUUCGAGAAUGCUUGUCUCUAUCUCACAAGAAUCCUUACAUUCUUCAACUCGCUUUCUCUGCUGGAAUCGGUGGCCUCCUCUUUGGCUACGACACUGGAGUGAUAUCUGGGGCUCUUCUGUACAUAAGAGACGAGUUCGUUGAGGUGGCUCAAAAGACAUGGAUGCAGGAAAUGAUAGUGAGUAUGGCGCUUGUUGGAGCAAUCAUAGGUGCUGCAGUUGGAGGCUGGCUCAAUGAUCGGUUUGGAAGGAAAGCAACAAUCUUCAUUGCAGAUUUCCUCUUCUUUACAGGCUCUGUUGUCAUGGCCGCUGCUCCCAACCCCAUUGUUCUAAUUGUGGGUCGUCUCUUUGUUGGUCUUGGCGUUGGAGCGGCUUCCAUGGCCUCUCCUCUUUACAUUUCAGAAACUUCUCCGACUAAAAUUAGAGGAGCCCUUGUUGCUCUCAAUAGCUUCCUCAUAACUGGAGGUCAAUUCCUCUCCUACCUCAUCAACUUGGCCUUCACUAAGACAUCAGGAACUUGGAGGUGGAUGUUAGGAGUGGCAGCCUUACCUGCUUUGAUACAAAUCGUUUUGAUGUUUUGGCUCCCCGAAUCACCUCGUUGGCUUUACAGACAGGGAAAGGAAGAAAAAGCAAAAGCAAUUCUGAGGAAGAUUUACGCUGAAGAUGCCGAAGAUGAAAUCCAAACCUUACAUGAUCAAGUUCAACUAGAAAUAAAGCUACAGGACGAAGCAAAAGAUAUCAAGAUAAGUGAAAUGUUAAAAACUAAAUCGGUAAGGAGAGGGUUAUACGCAGGGGUUGGCCUUCAAAUCUUCCAGCAAUUCGUGGGCAUCAACACAGUGAUGUACUAUAGCCCCACAAUAGUCCAAUUAGCUGGUUUUGCUUCAAAUCAAACAGCACUUCUUCUAUCACUCAUCACAUCUGGGCUCAAUGCAUUCGGUUCUAUUCUAAGCAUAUACUUCAUUGAUAGAACUGGGAGAAAGAAGCUUGCUCUUAUCAGUUUGGUUGGUGUUGCUUGCUCACUCGCUCUUCUAACGGCUAUAUUUCAAGUUGCUAGCACCCACUCUCCUAUGGUUAGCCCUGUUGCAACCAAUCACUUCAAUAACACCUGCUCUAGUUAUGCCUCAGCAGCGGAUACUAGCUCUUGGCAUUGCAUGAAUUGCCUCAAAGCUAAUCCAGUCUGCGGAUUCUGUGCUGCCAAAUCUGAUAAGCUUUUACCCGGGGCAUGUUUGGCGAUAGGUGAAAUGACAGAGAAAGAAUGCAAAGCUGAAAAAAGGGAAUGGUACACAGAGGGUUGUCCCAGCAAAGUUGGUUGGGUAGCAAUAUUGGGACUUGCUCUCUACAUCAUCUCCUUCUCCCCCGGAAUGGGAACGGUACCUUGGGUCAUGAACUCUGAAUUAUACCCUCUACGAUACAGAGGAAUCUGCGGUGGCAUAGCUUCUACAGCACUCUGGAUCUCCAACCUCAUCGUAUCUCAAACCUUCUUGACCAUGACAAAGUCCAUAGGAACUUCGUGGACUUUCUUGGUGUUUGGUGUCAUUGCUGCUAUAGCUGUAUUCUUUGUCCUUGUCUUUGUUCCAGAAACUAAAGGCCUUCCCAUUGAGGAGGUGGAGAAGAUGCUGGAAGAUCGGUCUGUUAAUUUCAAGUUUUGGGAGCCGCUCGAGAAGAAGCCAAAGAAGAUGAUUGGAAAGAUCCAAUCAUGAAAGAUUUAAUUUACCAGGAUCAAUGUGGUAUUUUAAUUAACUACAGAGACCUAUACGUCUGUGGCACAUAAAUAACCACCCUGAGGCGAUGUUUUAUGUCAUUAUCUGAUAGGAGUCAGAUUAACUGGGUAGAGAGGUAACAGACAUACCAUACUACUUCAAGAGAAGCUCAUGUACUUGAUAUUUUAUUACUACAGCUUUCUUCUUUUUUCAAGCUGUUAUAAUUUUUAGUUGAAUGAGAAGAAGCUGCCUUAUUAUAAACAGAAACACACUCUACAUCUUUAGUGAGCAUUUAUUAU